AUGCCAUCCGCAAAAAAAUCCACGACGUGUUGUGAUACUUCUAAAGGUGCUGCGAUGUAUAUAAAAAAUAAUGAAAGUUUGGAGCGAUGGGUAGAUGACUUGUUGAAAGAAUUUGACAAUGUUAUGUCUGUAAACUUAAAUACCGACAUUUGCCAGGAUAAUAAUCGAAGAGUUAAGGAAUUAAUUAAACGGAUUGAUGACAGGCUUAAUCAAACUAUAACAGACGACUUUGAAGGUCUUCGGGAGGAAUUUUCAAAAGAUUCUGAUAUAAUAGACGAAACGUGUGAGAAUGGUAAUGCCGACGAAACACUUUCUGUUGAUCAUUCAACCGAUACUACAAAAGUGCAGCAGUCUGCACCAAAGUUACCAUCAAACAUAGCAAAAAAAACAACCGGCAAGAUUACGCGUGUCAAGUCUUCCAUAAUAGAAAAAGACAUUCCGCCAGAUGGUUGUAAUUAUUGCCUGAGCAGCCAAGAAACACGAACAUCCACUCAUGAUCAAAUUGAUUCUGUCAAGAGUAGGAUAGAAAUUGCACGGAGGCAGAAUUCACAUAUUGUUGGCACGAUUGUGAAACGAAAUAAAUUUGAAAGACUUUUGAAUGGUCGAUAUCUUAUUGAUAAAAAAGAUACCAUUGGUGAAGGGCAUCAUGGAAAG